AUGCUUCCGUCUCUUCUUCCUUUGCUUCUGCUUUCAGUAUUAGCAGAGGCUUCACCUGGGAAGCGAGCAACCACUCCAUCAGCCUACUGCUCAAACUAUGAUGGCAGUCACAAGCUCUCGUCAAUUGCGGCACCAGUCCAGGGCAGCGGCAGUCCAGGCUCCGAAUCGACCUGGAAGCUGAGCAUUGAUGAUACAUCUAGCGGACAUAAACAAACAAUCGUGGGCUUUGGAGCCGCCAUCACCGAUGCCACAGUCACAUCAUUCAACACGCUGUCCAGUUCCAAGCUGCAACAGGUACUAAAUGAACUGAUGACCGCAGCCGGUGCAGGGUUCGCUCUGAUGCGCCAUACGAUUGGCGCUUCCGAUCUAUCUGGUGACCCUUCGUAUACCUAUGACGAUAAUGGGAAUAAUGCAGAUCCAUCAUUGUCCGGUUUUAACCUAGGCGACCGUGGAAAUGCAAUGGCUACAAUGCUAGCCAAGAUGAAAUCCCUACAGUCCAGCUUGAAAAUUCUUGGUUCACCUUGGAGUGCCCCAGGUUGGAUGAAGCUGAACCAUGUCAUUGAUGGCAAUACGAAAGAUAAUAACCUCAACGACGGCUACCUGACUAGUGGAGGCACCGGGAGCACUGGGUAUGCCAGUGCCUUCGCGCAGUAUUUCGUCAAGUAUAUCCAGGCGUACCAGAAGCUCGGUGCCGACAUCGAUGCUAUUACCCUUCAGAACGAGCCUUUGAACAGCCAAGCUGGAUACCCUACAAUGUAUAUGUUUGAUUAUGAAGCUGCGCAGUUGAUCCAGAACUACGUCGGUCCGGCCCUGGCUAAAGCCGGCUUGAACACCGAUAUCUGGGCAUAUGAUCACAACACAGACGUGCCAUCUUACCCUCAGAAUGUCAUCAACGGAGCUGGCCAGUAUGUCCACGCGGUUGCAUGGCACUGUUAUGCUAGCAAUGUAGACUGGACAGUCCUCACGCAAUUCCACCAGAAAAAUCCCAGCAUCAAGCAAUAUAUGACAGAGUGCUGGACCCCCGCCUCUGCGUCAUGGAACCAAGCUGCCGAUUUCACCAUGGGCCCUUUACAAAAUUGGGCUUCAGGGGUUACGGCCUGGACACUGGGCACAAAUGAUCAAGACGGCCCCCAUCUGUCAAGUGGCGGCUGUGCAAACUGUCGGGGUCUGGCGACUAUUUCCAACGGUGGAUAUACGUUUAAUCCCGCAUACUAUAUGAUGGCUCAGUUUAGCAAGUUUAUGCCGCCGGGUGCGAUUGUGCUGAGUGGUACGGGAAGCUACACAUAUUCCGAUGGAGGAGGUGUGCAAUCUGUGGCUUCGCUGAAUCCGGAUGGAACUCGCUCAGUUGUGAUUGAGAACACGUUCAAGAAUGAUAUUUACAUUACUCUGUCUACUAAAAGUGGCCAGCAGUGGAGUGGUAGCAUUCCGAGGCAGUCUGUCACAACCUGGUUGCUUCCCGCGGUAUGA